AUUCAGAAUUUAGAAACAGUGUAUAGAAUAAAAAAAUAAAAAAGUAAAAAGAAAGACAUGAUGAGCUGUAGUAAUUGUAGGAAGAUAGAACAAGAGAGUAGCCCACAGCUGAAGAAAGAGGUCAAUGGAAGAUUAGGAACCAUCAGUGGCACCAACCAACCCACUUCUGUCUUUUCUCCUGUCAAAACUCUUACUCUGAAUUUUCCAUUCUCUUUUUUUUUUUUGUUUUCAUUUUUUCACCAUAAUUUCCCGCCAAAAAAGAGAAAUCAGAACCAGAUUUUACAGAUUUAGUGUUUUUGACUCUAGACCCAGAUAUGGGUAUUGGUUCAGGAUCAAGUCACUUGACAGAUUUCAGAAGGCAGCUCAGAUGCUAAUCCUAAUAGUGGAGAAUGUAUGAAUACUAUGGUUGUGAAAGCCUACCCUCUUGACAUAGUGCAUAUGAUCAAUAAUGGUAAUGUGGAAGAUGAAGGAGAGUCUAGAAUGGAACCAUCUGUUGGUUUGGAGUUUGAUUCAGCAGAUGAGGCACGAAAGUUCUAUGGUCUGUAUGGAAUGCGUGUGGGGUUCAAAAUUCGAACUGGUCAGCUGUACCGCUCAAGGACAGAUGGGUCGGUUUCAUCAAGAAGAUUUGUGUGCUCGAAGGAAGGCUUUCAGCUGAAUUCAAGGACUGGUUGUCCUGCUUUCAUUAGGGUACAAAGACGUGAUUCAGGGAAGUGGGUUAUUGACCAAAUUCAGAAGGAUCAUAACCAUGAACUUGGACUUGCAGGGGAAAGGCAGUCACCCAUUUUGCAGAAGAGACCUCCUCUUGUUGCAAAAUCAUUGGUUGAAGUGUUGCGUAGGCCAAAAGUCAAAUUUCUGGAGAAAAUAGAUUAUGGAGAACUGAGUCCAUCUGGCAUCAUUAAUUUCAAACGGCAAAAACGAGGUGGAGAUGGAGGGCAAUCUCUAGCUGAACCAUAUGCAGGUCUAGAGUUUAAUACAGCUAAUGAAGCAUAUGAAUGUUAUCAAGCAUACGCCGAAGGUACUGGGUUUAGAGUUCGGAUUGGUCAGUUGUUUCGCUCAAAGAAUGACGGUUCAAUUACUUCCCGCAGAUUUGUGUGCUCAAAGGAAGGGUUCCAGCACCCUUCAAGAGUAGGUUGUGGGGCAUUUAUGAGGAUUAAGAGGAAAGAUUCUGGCAGUUGGAUAGUAGACCGUCUUGAUAAAGAUCAUAAUCAUGAUCUUGAAGUGCAUAUGGUGUACCAGAAGAAAUUUUCAACAGCUUCGAAGAAAUUCAUAGAGGAGGAAGCUGUUGGCAUGGUCUCUAUGGAUCUAGGUGAAAUGAAUAAUGGCAAGCUUAUCAAAAGAAGCCAACAAAACAAAAUUGGAACUAAUUGGUACUCUGUACUUUUAGAGCAUUUUCAAACCAAACAAGCAGAAGAUACUGGAUUCUUUUAUUCAGUAGAGGUUGAUAAUGGUAGUUGCAGGAGUGUUUUUUGGGCGGAUGGCAGGUCUAGAUUCUCAUGCAGUCAAUUUGGUGAUGUCAUUAUUUUUGAUACUUCAUACAGGAAAAGUAACUAUGUGGUGCCAUUUGCAACAUUUGUUGGAGUAAACCACCACAAGCAGCCAGUGCUUCUCGGAUCUGCUUUGAUUGCUAAUGAAUCAAAGGAGUCUUUUACUUGGUUGUUUCAAACAUGGUUUAGGGCAAUGUCUCAGCACCAUCCUAAGUCAAUUAUUGCUGAUCAAGACGUGGCCAUCCACCAAGCAAUCACUGAAGUCUUUCCUGGGACCCAUCAUCGUUUUUCAUUGUGGCAGAUUAGAGCCAAGGAGCGAGAGAAUUUGCAGUCUCUGCCUAUUGAAUUUAGAUAUGGGUACGAAAAGUGCAUUUAUCAAUGUCAGACAACUGUUGAGUUCAAUACCACAUGGAAUUCACUUAUCAAUAAAUACAACUUAAGGGAAAAUGUUUGGCUAAAACACAUGUAUGAAAAGCGUGAAAGUUGGGUUCCGUUGUAUUUACGGGGCAAAUUUUUUGCUGGCAUACCUAUAGGUGAAAGUGUUGAAUCAUUCUUCGGUACACAGGUAAAUGGCCAAACACCACUUAGAGAGUUUAUUUCACAAUAUGAACAAGGACUUGAGCAACGUCGUGAGGAGGAAAGGAAAGAAGAUUUCAACUCUUUUAAUUUGCAGGCUUGUUUGCAGACAAAAGAACGAAUAGAAGAACAGUGUAGAAGGCUAUAUACUUUUACUAUCUUUAAAAUAUUUCAAGAUGAGCUCCUACAAUCUUAUAGUUAUAUUGGGAUAAAAACUUACGAAGAAGGGACUAUCAGCAGGUACUUGGUUAAAUGGUCUGGGAAUGAGAAUGACAAACAUGCUGUUACCUUUAGUUCAGUCAACCUCAGUGUUAAUUGUAGCUGUCAAAUGUUUGAAUUUGAAGGGAUACUGUGCAGACAUAUCUUGAAAGUGUUCAAAUUGUUGGACAUAAGGGAACUUCCUCCUCAAUAUAUCCUAUGUCGGUGGAUGAGAAAUGCUGAGUAUCGAAUUUUAUGUGGUGCUGAGUCAGGGAUAAUCUCCCAAGAACUAAAGGCCUGUAUGAUCUGGAGUUUAAGAGAAACAGCAUGUAAAUAUGUAGAAUUUGGGUCGGCAUCUAUAGAAAAAUAUAAACUUGCAUAUGAGAUCAUGCGUGAAGGUGGAAAAAGCUUUGUUGAUUGAGGUAACUUCUUGGAAUUUUCAUCUUUAGGCUAAAAUCUUGUAUGUUGAUUGUUGAAUAGCAUGUGUACCUAGUUUUUUGAUGGUUUGGGUGUAACAGAAGACUUUUGUUUCUGAAUAACAAUGGCUUUUGUGUAUUUGAAUCACAACUGUGAAUGUUGAAUGAUGAAUCCAUGAAAAUAAGUUAAAGAACAAGGUAAAGAAGCUAAGACAGGCCCAAAAAAUGGGUAAAAAACAAAAAAAAAAAGAACAAGAUUAAUGGCCAAAAAUUAGUCAUCAG